UGAAGGUAAAAGGUCAGCCUGUGUAACGUGUCAGCAGGCUGUCACCACACCGGUGUCACUCCACCCGCCGGCUGCUGCUGUGAGACAGCUCGGUACCGUAACCGACCUCAACCUUAGUCCCGAAGAAAAAAUGGCCAAGAAGCGGAGAGAAACGCGAGAGACGGACGGUUUGCUGUCGGCUCAGGAGGAGGUGAAGACGAACGCUAACGUCUCUCAGGAACUGAAAGAGGCUCAACAGAGUGUAGGGGGCUCAACACGCAUGUCUCUUCUCAUUCUGGUGUCCAUCUUCGCCUGCUCUGCCUCAGUCAUGUACCUGGUCUACAGGAACUUCCCAGAGCUUCCUGAUGAUGAAAUGGAGAAAAUCAAAAUCCCUAAAGACAUGGAUGAUGCCAAAGCUUUGGGAACUGUAUUGUCCAAAUACAAAGACACCUACUACUCCCAGGUGUUGGUGGCCUACUUUGCAACAUAUGUGUUCCUUCAGACAUUUGCAAUCCCUGGGUCCAUCUUCCUGAGCAUCCUGUCUGGAUAUCUUUACCCUUUCCCCUUGGCUCUUUUCUUAGUCUGCUUGUGCUCUGGCCUGGGGGCUUCCUUCUGCUAUAUGCUGUCAUAUCUGGUGGGCAGACCCAUGGUCUACAAAUAUCUCACAGAGAGAGCACAGAAAUGGUCCCAGCAGGUCGACAAACAUAGAGAUCAUUUGAUCAAUUACAUCAUCUUCCUGAGGAUAACCCCCUUUCUUCCCAACUGGUUCAUCAACAUCACCUCGCCUGUUAUUAAUGUGCCUUUGGGGGUUUUCUUCAUUGGUACCUUUCUCGGAGUGGCACCACCGUCCUUUGUAGCGAUCAACGCAGGUACAACGCUGUACAAACUGACGACAGCCGGCGAGGCAGUGUCCUGGAACUCCCUGGCUGUGCUCGGUGUACUCGCUGUGCUCUCGAUCUUGCCCGUCUGCUUCCAGAAAAAGCUGCAGCAGAAACUGGAGUAGAACAUUGAACACCUCAGCACCUCAUCUGCUGGCUGAUCCCGACAUCCCCUUCCCUCGGCUCAGGAACAUGCAGCUGUCACUCAGGCUGCUCUGCCUCGGUGCGCUGUUGGUGGUGGAAUCUCUGGGCUCUGGCACAGCAAGCACUCAUCGACCACAAAAUGCAUGCAGUGGUGCGUUGUUCCUGAUGUUAAGUAAAGUGUAAACUGGCCGCUGCUUGCACAGGUUUUUUUGGUUUCUGUGACUCGUAUUGUUGAUUGUGGCACAUCUUGUAAAUAUGAGAAAUUGCAUUUUUUGUUUUUAUUUAAGACUCAUUAUUGUGUAAUUUCUUAAAUGAUUAAAGGUGCUACUAAUAAGAUCCUUUUUUUUUUUUUUUUUUAAUAGUACAGUUGUUCCAAUUCGAAUAGCCAACUUUUCAUUGGGAAUAUACUGUAUUUCUUGCUGGAAACUGAAAUCAUCAGCACCUUGUCAAGGGAAUUUUAAACAUCUUUCUUUUUCAUUACUGGAACAACAGUUACAUUUGCUUUCAUAUCACUUACUAAUCCUGUUGGUAGCACCUUUAACGCCCACUCCCUUUUUAAUAUUAAUUUUUACAUGCUUGUGUCUAGUUUCAACUCAAUGAACUGUACCACCACAGCAAUAACUGUCACACUACUGUUGAAAGAGGACUUUAGUUUUUAAAAGUAAAUUUUGAUACCCGGUGCUUGCCUUGGCAGACAUAUGCAGUGUGAGGGGAAAAUGUGUAGAAGAAAAACGUAAUGAGUCAGAUCAGUAAGUUCAGCUUUUGUUGAAAUGUUCCCAUGUUCUUCCUCAAAAGGUGCCUGGAUCCACUGCCGCACAAUAGCCCAUUUUGUGUUCACCAAUCCCUGUCCAUGUUAGUAGCCUAAAGCAGCACGUUGCUUCUGCAACUUGUAAAUAACAAACUAAGCUGAUGUAAUAUUUAAUCACAGGACAUCUGAACUGGAGGAUGUCAAAAUCCAAGCAUUGCUGAUCUCCAUCUGAUAUGUUUAAAUUACGAAAUUAAUACAGAUCAAUAUAAAUUUGCUGAUUUGAGUGAUAUAAGGUGCCCGCAAACCCAAAACAUUGGCAAAAUGCAAAAGAAUUGUUAUGUGAGAUGGGUUGUUAAUUUUGGGAUGAAGUGAUAAUGAUGUACUUCUGUGUGUGUACUGUGAUUAUGUAUGUUAAUGUCUCAUAUACCAGUAUGGAACUGGAGAUGUUGUCUGUGGAUGAUACACCUGUGCCCCUGAUGAGACUGCCAACAGACUGUGAGGUAUCCAAGACUUGCCUUGCUUUUAUCGCUUCCAUUUUUCACCAGGGGAUAUGUAUUACGAUGCCUGAUUUAUGUUGCUAGUUUGUGUUCUUUAAAUUGUUUUGGAUUGCUAAUUGUGUCCAGUGAUAUGAAAGCUUACUGAUUUUUUGUUUUUCAUUUAGAUGUAUUGCCUUUGUACUAAGGCAACUUAAUGCUGCUGCUUAAAUAACCUUCUGGAUGGCUACCAGAGACACUGAUGCAGUGAAUGUAGAUGCAGGCAACAAGUCUUACACAACAGACCUAUCUAGUCUCUUAAAACUGCACAUUUAGAGGAAGUUGUGCAUUUUGGGAUUUCCCGUUUUUGUCUUUGAUGUCUUACUACACAACAGAUUUACUGUCUAAGAUUAUCAACCUCUCAAACCCACUUUAGAAAUGGCUAUAAAAACAUCAAGUUAUGUGAAAGCAGGAAACAGUGCUACAUGAGCUGGGUUGUUUUUAUGUUUCUUACUGCAUUUGCUGCAUUUGUACAUCUACGGUACUCAGUUGUCUUGGAAAGUGGACCUCAAGUAGAUCCUUCAGUAACAUGGUGAAAUGUUAUCAACUGAAUCCUAACAAUUUUCAUUUUUGUCCUCGUAUUUAAAUCAGAACUAUGGUUAACCUAAUCUUAGUUCUCCUUAAUGGUAAAACUGCCAAGAGAUGAAAGCUAGUAGAUUUAAGUGAUUUUCUAAUUGUUAAAGUAAUAAAACAGUAUGCCUAUUCUAAACUUCACACUCAAUUUGGAUGUUAUUGGUGUUCCUGUUAUCCAGUCACAGAUGUGAGAUUACUUUUGUGUAACCCUCUGCUAACAUUUCAAAAGGCAGUAUUAUUCUGUACUCAGCAGUGAUGUAUUGCAGUAUGAAGUGUUUACAGAUUGCAGACUUCUGUCCUACCUAAUAUAACUUGUUUUUUUAUAUUUAUUGAAUCAUUAAAAUUUUCUUUACAGAG